AUGCGCAGGGCAGUGACGCGGAAGCUACUACAAGGUCAAGACAUCUGCUUUUUCUGCGCUUUCCGAUACGCCGCCGAGUCUCGCCAUGUCAGCUCCCUCCGACCCCAGCGUCGGCUUUACAGGGCUGCUAGUGCGUCAAAACGACCGGCUGGAGCAGCAGCCGCCCGUAUAGAAGAGGAGGACGAUGAUUUUGCUGCGCCAGCGGUGCCAGCAAGGGAGCUUCUCGGCUGGAAGUGCCGUUGCAACCACAUCAAUAAACCUGCAAGAUCAGAGUGUACGAUAUGCCUAAGUUCCCGUCCACAAAGGCCCGAAAUGGUCUAUACAGACCCCGGUCCCUCAUUGUUUCCGCCUUCGCCUCCUCAAACCUCAAUCCCGCCGAACGGACCACCCCGAUCCAGCUAUAGCUCUGCAGUUGAAGGAGGCUCGCUAUCUGAGGUUCUUUCCCGCACACAAGCGCGGUCCCAAGAAAGACGGCGAAAUGAACCUUCGCCCAAUCCUCGAUCGCUGCCUGGACAGCCUCAAGGCCAGCAGCAGUGGUCCCCAAUGAGUAGAGCUCGGAGAGAUUACAAUGAAAACGGUGUUGGUGGAAGAAAUGGCAGAAGUGAUACACCCUCACGCGAGGCCACUUCUGGAUCCCAGCGCCCACUUUUCAGGUAUUCGCAUAUGCGGAAGCCACUUGCGGAAUCAGGAAAGGGAGAGACUUUCAAUGCGGGCAAGAACGAGCCCGGGGCCUUUUCGCCAUACUCGAGGGCAGGUAAUGCUUUAAAAUAUCGGGCCACCGAGGAUUCGACAGCUGGAGAACAACGGCGGCCGGAAGCUUUUACAUCAAGAACUGGAUCAUCCUCGGAGGCGCCAAGUGCUCUUGUCCAAUCCUCAUUGAGGGGCUGGGCGGGAAACAAGCGAGAGACCCAAGCAGCGAGACCCGCUGGACGAGAUUUUCCAAGACGAGCCCCGCAAGAAUCUGGGAUUGGCAGAAACCCAAGUACUAGGGUUGCCCCAGACGACCCUUCAGUCUGGCGACCUGAUUCAUUGGGUACCCCGCAACGAGCGUUCGACCAAAGAACAAGUCGGGACAGACAUGUAAAGAGAGUUUCUGAAGGAUCGGAUGAGCCAGCCAUUGUUGACGAAGGACCCUCUUCAAUGGUGGAGACUGAGCUUGUAGAGGAUGUUGAAGACGAGAGGCGCAAGCGAAAGCCCGUCGGCGCCAAAGAUCCUGAUAGGAGAUCUCGGCUUUAUGAAAUCGAGGAAGACGAGCCUAUACAGGUGUCUCGGAGGGCUAAGCUUCCGACCACAAGAAGAAGCGGCAUCUCCAGGGCAGGAUCAUCGGAUUUCCACUUUGACCCCGAUCUGGCCGAGGAAUUUAGCGACCAUGCAAAAGCUAGGCGGAAAAAGAAGGGAAAGCAAGCGAACGCGAAACAGCAGACGCCAGCACGACCAGAGAUAGUUCUGCCAGAAUUCAUCAGUGUCGAGAAGCUGGCACAAGGACUCAAGGUGCGACUGCCAGACUUCAUUGACAAGCUUGAAGAGGAGGGAUUUGAGGGUGCGAGGUAUGACCACGUCUUGGACUCGAGCACUUCCGCCAUGUUUGCGGAAAUUUAUGGCUUCGAAGCCAUUGUCAAGACCAUUGACGAGACCGGCGAUAUUCUCCCACGUCCUGCAGCAGAAGAUCCCUCGGUGUUACCGCCUCGCCCCCCAAUUGUCACUAUAAUGGGUCAUGUCGACCACGGGAAAACUACUAUCCUUGAUUACUUCAGGAAGGCCAACGUGGUGGCCACAGAGCACGGGGGCAUCACUCAACACAUUGGGGCUUUCUCCGUCACCAUGCCUGGAUCAGAGCGUAAUAUCACGUUUCUGGACACUCCCGGCCAUGCUGCAUUUCUGGAGAUGCGCCGAAGAGGUGCCGUUGUGACCGACAUUGUUGUUUUGGUUGUUGCUGCAGACGACAGUGUCAAGGCUCAGACGAUAGAAGCCAUCAAACACGCCCGAGAGGCUGGUGUCCAGAUUAUUGUGGCGAUCAACAAGGUUGACAAACCUGAGGCCGACAUUGAACAAGUCAAGCGAGAUUUGAUGCAACACGAUAUUGUUGUGGAAGACUUUGGUGGAGAGUAUCAAGCUAUUCCAGUGAGCGGAAAGACAGGCAAAGGCAUGGGAGAUUUAGAGGAAGCUAUCCUUACCUUAUCUGAUGUUGCCGACUUCCGUGCCGAAACCGACGGACCAGCGGAAGGCUGGAUUAUCGAAAGCAAAAUUGGUGCUACGGGUCGUGUCGCUACCAUCCUUGUGCGCCGUGGAACUUUGAGACCAGGGGACUUUAUUGUCGCUGGUACUACCUGGGCCCGUAUUCGAACGCUGCGAAAUGAUUCAGGAGAAUUGAUUCAAGCCGCCCCGCCUGGUACACCCGUCCAAAUAGAUGGCUGGCGAGGUGAUGAUCCCGAGGCAGGGUUAGAGGUGCUUCAGGCCGAAAAUGAGCAACGAGCAAAGGACGCGGUGGCAGUGAGAAAAGAACGCGAGGAAGCCGCUUGGGAGAUGGACAAUAUGACGGCCAUCAACGCAACACGCGCAGAGGAAGCAGCAGCCCGGACCAAGGUCCUUGAGUGGGAGAAAGAACAAGGCUACAUGUCAGUGAGCUACAAAAGGCGUCCCAAGGACAAUGAAGGCUGGAUUGAGAAAGAGUCUUCUGGACCUCAACUUGUCCAUUUCGUCGUCAAAGCCGAUGUGGCUGGCAGCACAGAAGCUUUGGUUGCUGCUGUCAGUGCGAUUGGCAACAACGAGGUUCGAGCAAAUAUUAUUCACAGCGGGACAGGCGGUCUGACCGAGUCGGACAUCAAAAGGUUGGCUGCGACCGGCGAAGUUGCUUAUGCGAUCUCGUUCAAUCAACCCAUUGAUAAUGACAUACGGCAACUUGCGGCGGCGGCUCGGAUUCAGAUCCUUGACCACAACAUCAUCUACAAGGUCACUGACGAUGUCACGGAGAAGGUGAGCGCAGAACUGCCUCCCAUUGUGACCCAGCGCGUCUUGGGAGAGGCCGAGGUUGGUGAUAUCUUUGACAUCAAAAUCAAGAAAGGAUCAAUGAAGAUCGCUGGGUGUCGGGUGACAAAUGGGACAAUCCGUCGCUCGGAGAAGAUCCGAGUUUUGAGGAGAGGUGAGGUGAUUUACACUGGCAUGCUCAACUCGUUCAAAAACAUCAAGAAGGAUGUUACGGAGAUGCGAAAAGGCUCCGAAUGCGGGAUGGGCUUUGAGAACUGGGAAGCAUUCGAAGUGGGCGAUCAGAUCCAGUCGUUUGAAGAAAUCAGCGAGAAGCGAGCCUUGCAUUAG